AUGCCCAAGCGCACCAUGGGAGGGAGGGCCGACGCCGGGGCCGACGACAUGGCGCAAGAAGCAUCCAAGCGCCGGGCAAAGCUGCACAUGGAGAAACCCCUCCCCGCUGGCAAGGUGUCGAGCCGGCAGCAGGGUGUCCUUGACGUCGUCGACCACGUCCAGGCUCCGGUGCAGGUGUCACCUACGCCGGAGCAGGUAGCUCCUCCAUCGGAGCAGGUGACUCAUCUGCCUCCUCUGCCACGCCAUCUGCCUCCUCUGCCGCAGCCCAUGGUCAACGUUGACGGUGAUGAUGACGAAGAAGAGGUUUCAAGGGCGGAUCCACAUGGGCGCAUGGAAGCAGAGGCAGAAGAAUGCCUUCUGGACUCAAAAGCCAACUUGAUCUCAGCCGUAGCUGCUCUGGUUCCUCAGAAGGAGCAGGUGUCUCCUCUGCCACGGGUGACGCCUCCUGUGCCCGAGCGUGUGGUCGUCGGCGAUGUCAACAAAGAAGACGUAGCUCCUCUGGAUCCUCUGCCGGAGCAGGUGGUGGCUCCUCAGCCUCAACCGGGUGUUCAUCUGCCGCCGUUGUUGCCUCCCCUGCCCCCACCUGUGGUCGUCGCCGACGAGAACGAAGAAGAGGUUUUCCCUGGUCAGUACAAGGCAAAUAAGGUCCUAAGUGAUGACGUUGAUAGCGACCCAGAAACCCAGAGGAUCUUUAGGAGGCAGAAAUUGAGGCAGUUGAACAAUGGUGAGCUCGAGAAAGAUGUGAGGCCUAGAUUCGGAAAGGGCUACUGA